UCAUAAAAAAACAUUUUUCCAUAGAAUACUGAUCAUAGUUGUGAUGUUCCGAGUUAACAGUGGUAGUUGUGAUGCAUGAAUGGAGUUCCAUCAGAAGUUAGACUAUAGUCCCCAGUUUGUGAGGAUCAUUUCACACAAACCUUUUGAAGAGAUUGCAUCUCAGUCAGCCAGAGACAGAAAUUAUCUAAACCGACCGACACAAGUACAGUUUACCAACUGAUACUAACUCAGAACAACCAGCAACCAUGUUUGCAAACCAAAACAGUUCCCUCAUCGCUCAAAUGGAGCUUGUUAAGAGCUUCAUGAAACUGACUCCAGAGGAGAGGAAGAAGGAGGUCAGGAGAAGGAUGUAUGAGGAGCUGAGAGCUGUGGAGAUGGAGCGCAGAGAGCGCGCCAUGAACCAGCUCAAGAUGGAAAGAGAGGAAAGAGAAGAACAGGAAGAAAUGGUGAGAAGACAGAGAAAAAAGUAUCUGGAAGAGAGGAAGAUACAGGAGGCCAAACAGAGAGAGGAGGAGGAGGGAAAGGCCAAUGAACUGAAGGCCCUGCAGAAAGCAGAACAAGAGAAGCUGAUGCAGGUAGAGGAGGAGCCAGGCAAAAGGCCCAGGUACACAACCUGUGCUCUGAAAGAGGAGCAACAGGAGAGGCAGGAGGAGGCUGAGCUUUACCGCCCACAGAGGGUGAGAGACAGAGCCAGCCAUGAUCGCCUGAUCCCUGACCUGAAGGCUCCCAAACAUCAGGGUAAAAAGAAAACCCUGAUGAAUAACUGGGUUGGAGAGCCAAAGAUAGACAGCAAGCCUGUCAAAGAGAAGCCCGACCCAGUCAACUCCACCAUUGCUGCAAAGAAGGCCCCGCAGUCUGAAGAAAAAAAAGACAAGCAAUCACCCAAACCUAAAGAGCCCAAGCAGUGGCUGCCAGACAUACUGAAGGUCCAGUACUGGAUGGGCAGAUACCAGGACCAUAAAGAGCAAAAGGAUGAGAAGAGGAAGCAGAAGGCUGAGGAGCAGUAUGCUCGAUGGACUGCCUUCAAAACGAGCAGAGCCAGCCAUGCUUUUCGGCAGAAUGACUCCUACACUGGAGGAUUUGCUGCAAACCGAAACAGCAUCCUUAAAUCUGUAUUUUAAUGUUCUUCUUUACUUUGUUUCUGUGUUGUCUCUUGUUUAUGCACAAUAAAAUUGUGGUGCAGUGAAAA